UUACGGACAAUGUAUCUAAAAUCAUGGAAGUGGUAUUCCGUUUCCGGGUGAUAUUUUUACUGAUUUCGAGCAGUUGGAUGUUCUUUGUACCAGUUCAAAGCAUUUCUAUUAUAGGUGUUACUUCUACACCCUAUGGAGCUGGCCAGGAAGCGAGGUUUGCCUUCCUUACAAACUCUGGAACUUCCACUGUUAUAAGAGCUGUCAAGCUAGGCAGCAAUCCCUUAUUGGAGAACCUGUCUACAUUGAAUUAUGGAUAUGACCAAGCAACACUUAACUUUCUAAGCACAAACAAUAACAAUGCAGUGGGAGCAUUCCGUGGUACGGACACUACUGGAGAUGGUCAAGAUUCAACCAUUAUCAUUCAUGCUUCCAAUAGGGACUUUGAGCCCUCCGGAGGACGUGUAACAGUGAGAGCUAACAUAGGAGACACCAUCACACUGUCGGUGGAGAAUCUUGUUGGUGCGAAUGAGAGUGGGGUGGAAUGGCAACGCUUCUCAGACUUCACAUCUGUUCAGAUGGGUGGUCUUUCAUACACUAUAGUAGACAUACGACCAGAGGAUGCUGAUUAUUAUGGCACCUUCCAGACAGGCCAGAGAAUGCUACUCAGAUACAGUCUUAUCAAACUUAUUAUUAGAGCUUGUCCAGCUGGUUAUUACAGUGCACCUUCAUGUAAUGUUGUAUGUCCUAACUGCUACAAUGGAGGUGUGUGUAGUGAUGUAACUGGGGAAUGUAUAUGUGCCCCAGGCUUCGAUGGACCUAACUGUCUAACAGGUUGUGGUGAGUCUAAGUUUGGUUGGGACUGUAGUCAAUCCUGUGGAGAAGGCAAUGCAUUAGCUGUGUGUGCUGGUAGUCAUGCAUGUCUUCCUGAUCCGUAUGGAUGUAAUUGUCUCUCAGGAUUUACUGGAAACAACUGUAACUCAGCAUGUCCUGCUGGUAUGUUUGGAGCUGGUUGUAGUGAGAGCUGUCACUGUGUUGCAUCAUGUGAUAGGUUUACUGGUCAAUGCUCUGACGGUCAAUGUGAAGAUGGAUGGUCUGGAUCAAAUUGUCAGGUUCCUGCAACAUGUCCUGAGGGCUACUAUGGGGUGAAUUGUACAGAUCUGUGUCACUGUUUAGACAAUGGAGCUUGUGAUAAAACAACUGGUAACUGUUACAAUACUGGAGGACUAUGUAUGCCUGGCUAUGCUUCUAAUCAAGUUCAACUCGCUGACUGUCAAUCAUAUGAGGGGUGCUUUGGGAAUUGUAGUAAGACCUGUCACUGUCGGGGUGGUGCCUCGUCAUGUGAUGAUGUAACUGGAGAAUGUGCAGUGAGAUGUCAAUCAGAAUGGAUAGGACCGGCAUGUCAAACAGGUGUUGUUCACUCAUCCUAUAAGAAGGUCAACCAAGGUCAACCUGUUAGUGUGAUGUGUGUAUUCCAGUCUCCCGAGAGCAUGUCUUCCUUGACCGUGUCGGGCAGGCCUGGUGCAGCUGAUGGUCCUCCGGUAAACUCCACCGACAUUGAGAUGGUUGGAAACCUCUUCAAUGUGACGUUUAUAGUUACUAAUGGAGAGACUGUAAUCUACUGUGAAGUCUCUACUGAUGGACAGUCAGCUUCUUCAGGAGUUCCUCUUGAAUAUUUUGCUCUUCCAACAUUGACGAUGCCUCCCUCUGUUCUUAGUUAUGCUAAUGAGAAUGCUACUAUUGACUGGCUUGGUUGGAAAGCAGAUAAUGAUUCACUAGAUGCGGGAGAGGGUCCGAUUGUUGGAUACAUCGUAUAUUAUCAUGUUGAUGGGAGUGUGCAGAUGGCUGAGUUUGUAUCAUCUGAUGAGAGUGGUAUGAUGGGACGCUAUGAAUACACUGUGAUAAACCUCUCACCAGGCAUCACAUACAGCUUCUCUGUAGCAGCAGUGAGAGAAGGAGAAGGGGGAGAGGGACCUAAAGGCCCCAACUCACAACCAGUAACAUUACCAGCCCUAAUGACAACAGUGCCAACGCCAGAAGCGAGUACAACGACACCCUCGGGAGUGACAUUAGCUCUUCCUACCAAUGACCAAGUACUCCUGUACAUCAUCAUACCAGUAGUCAUUGUUAUCUGCAUCAUCAUCAUCGUUCUUAUCAUGGUUACCAUUGGGGUUCAGAGAAGGAAAAGACGAAAGAUGUACCACAAUAGAAGAGAACGCAUCGUCUUGGAAACCCAAGCUAUGAAUGAUUAUAAUGAUGAACAACAAGCAGAGAACCAUAAUGAAGCAUAUGAAGAAAAGACUUACCUGACUGCUGCCGGUGAUGAGACGGAUUCCAAAAUGAACAAGGAAAAAAAGGGGAAAGCCCCUUCUCAUCCUCUAUCAGCACCUCCUGAGGUCCCUGGUUCCUGUGAGGCGCCCCCUCCUACUGCCCUGCGACCUGCAUCACAUAGCCAGAGACCUAUCAUUGUAGCAGACUUUGCUGAUUAUGUGCAAAAUAAUCGCAGAUCUCGGGCAUUUGAAGAUGAAUGGGCGUUGCUACCCUCUGGCCUCAGUCAACCGAGUCAGAUUGCCAGCUUACCAAACAACAAGGUCAAGAAUCGAUAUCGCAACAUAUUGGCAUACGAUCAUUCCCGAGUGAUGUUAGAGGAAGUGAAAGGGGUGCCUGACUCAGACUACAUCAAUGCUUCGUAUAUCAAUAGUUUUGAUAAAGAAAAGAUGUACAUUGCAACCCAAGGACCUAAUAAAGCAUCUCUAUCAGACUUCUGGAAGAUGGUAUGGAUGGAGAAUGUUCACAAUAUCGUCAUGGUGACCAACCUGUUUGAGGAGGGAAAGGUAGGCAAAGAGUAG